AUGUCGGAGAAGAAGCGCGCCCCCGGCCCGCGCAAGGACGAGGUGGUGACCCGCGAGUACACUGUCAACCUCCACAAGCGCCUCCAUGGAUGCACCUUCAAGAAGAAGGCACCAAAUGCCAUCAAGGAGAUCAGGAAGUUUGCACAGAAGGCCAUGGGAACCAACGAUGUCCGCAUUGACGUGAAGCUCAACAAGCACAUCUGGAGCAGCGGCAUCAGGAGUGUCCCGAGGAGAGUCCGUGUCAGGAUUGCCCGCAAGAGGAACGACGAGGAGGACGCUAAGGAGGAGCUGUACUCUCUGGUCACAGUUGCUGAAGUCCCCCAGGAAGGUCUUAAAGGUUUGGGUACCAAGGUUGUGGAGGAUGAGGACUAA